ACUUGAUUGAGUAAACUAUGGGUGCGAAGCCCUAUAUAUACAUAUAGCCAGUAUACAAGCUACAGAGAGAGAGCACAGGACCACCUAUCUUCCAUCAUUCAAGCGCCAAAUCAUCGAUGCCGAUGUUUACUCCAUCAUGACUUCGUGCAACUCGUACGACGGUGUCGCCAGAGUUGCCAACUACCACGUCUUGACCGAGAUCUUGAGGAACGAGUGGGGCUACAAGUACUUCACCAUGAGUGAUGCGAGUGGAACCGAUCGCCUCUGCGACCAGUUCAAGAUGUGCAAGUCUAACCCUGUCGAUAUGGAGGCCAUUGUCAACUACUCUUCCCGCAGGAAACGAUGUCGAGAUGGGCGGUGGAUCCUACAGCUUCAUCCAGAUUCCCAGGCGAAGUUCACCUGUGGCCUUUUCGAGAACCCAUACCUCGGCGACCCAGCAACGGAGACCCCGAAGCAUCAUCCACACCAAGGAGAGUGUUGCUCUUGCUCGCCAGAUUGAUACCGAGUCGAUUGUGUUGCAUGAGAACCACAACAUCCUUCCCCUGUCAAAGACCGCCAACGUUGCUGUCAUCGGGCCAAUGGAACAUGGUUAUAUCAACUACGGCGACUACGUAGUAAACGGAAGCUACCUCACCGGAGUCAGCCCCUACGACGGCAUCAAAGCCGCCAGCUCUGGCUCCACCACAUUCACCCAAGGCUGCGAGCGCUGGCUCCGACCAAUCCGGUUUCGCCGACGCCGUC